AUGUCCUCAAUGCUAGAGGUUCGCGAUAGUCGCCGUUCUCGAUCCAAAUCUCCUGGCGGGAGAGAUCGAGAUCGUUCAAGGUCCCAUUCACGCGACGCACGAGGGGAUGACGACCGGCGAGAUCGCGAUCGGAGUAGCGACAGACGAGAACGUGAUCGAAGCAGCGACCGCCGAGAGCGUGACAGAAGCAGCGACCGCAGGCGGUCUAGUAAAUACUCCGGCUCCGACGACGACAACGAGGACGACCGCAAGUACAAAGACCAAAGAUCAAGCAAAAACUCGUACUAUGCAGAGGAGGAGGAUGACCGUCGCAAGAAGGACAAGAGCUCGCGAGGCUACGAGGAUCAUAGUGAAGAUGACAGAUACCGCUCCUCCAAGUCAGGCAAGGACUCUCGCAGGCGAGAUCGUUCAGAUUCAGAAGAUGAGAAGGACAGGAGACGUGGUGGAUCCAAGAAAGACAGCAAGAAACCAUCUGACAGCGAUUCUGACCGUCGCAAGUCGAGCAGAAAACAUCGCGAUGAUUCAGACAGUGGCUCUGAAGACGAUCGCCGUAAAUACUCCAAUGGUCGGACCUCGAGCUAUUCCCAGCAGCCAACAUAUGGCUACGCCCCGCCUGCUGCCCCCGCCCCUCCUGGCUAUACGGACUCCCGAUCCAACAGCUAUGCGCCUCCUGGGGCAUUCCCAACCAGCUCUGGUCCACCUCAAGCACAAAGGACCCCUUCUUACAGCGGAAAUGGUGGUCCAGAAUACGCAAAGGUUGAGCAAUACAAGUACGCACAACCCGACCCCAAUAUCAGCUAUAAAUACAAGGACAGCAGUGGUGGCGGGUAUUCUACUUCUGGUCAGCCGCCAGUGAGUGAACGGAGGCCAGAGUAUGAGCGUUCACGGCCUUCAGAUUCGGACAGAAAGAAGGAGAAGAAAUCUUCUGACGACCGUUAUGAAACGCGCGAGCCGCGCGAGAAGAAAUAUUAUGACGAUGAUAAAGACCACAGACGAGACAGCAGAUAUGAUGACGACAAAUAUGGCAACUCUACAGACAAUGUGACGAAAAAACUAUCCAAAAUGGCUGUUGCUGGUGGCCUUGGUGCUGCCACACUGGGCGUUGCAAGCCAGAUUUCCAAAGAUGGUGGGAAACCGCCAGCCUCGCCUUUACUGGAAGCAUACAAAGGAACGUACCAGUCCAUUUCGCCCAUGCCUACAGCUUUGGUUCUUGCAAAUCACAGAGACGACUCGGAUCUGUCUGAUCUCGAUAUUGGGAGGGAUGAUAGUGACGAUGAUAUCAAAAGGAAAAUUCGCAAGCUUGAGCGUGAAAAAGCCGAGUAUGAAAGCUCGCGAGGGAAAGACAGGGACAGGCCACGUCGGGAUGAUGGCUAUGAGACCAGAGAACCGCGCUCAAGCGGAGGCCUGGAAACUCGUGAACCAAGAUCUCGGCGUCUGUCCAAUCUUGACACAAGUCUUGAAGUUCGCGAGCCAGGUGGCACUCGAGACAGAUCUCGCGACAGGCGCCCCAAUAGCGAAAUCUUCUCCCCGACCACACCGUCUGGAAAGAAGAAGGUCUCGUUCUAUGACCCUACAUCAGAUGCAGUGCGUAUCGCAAAAGCCCUACAGGGCACAGGUCCUGCAGAUGCCCGUCCGCUGCUGCAGAUUCUUCCCGAUCUCACUACUGACGAAUUAUUUGCUUUGCGUGCGGAGUACAAGAAUCAAGCCAAAGUAUCAGGUCAGGGCAUCAACAUCGCAAAGCACAUCAAGAUGCGCAUCCCAGGCAAUCUCGGCAAAGCAUGCUAUGCAACUGCCCUUGGACGAUGGGAGAGCGAAGCCUACUGGGCCAACAGUUGGUAUCAAGGAGGAGCCAGCCGCCGUGAGCUGCUGAUUGAGUCACUCAUGGGUCGUAGCAACCACGACAUCAAAGAGAUCAAGAAUUGCUUCAAGGACAAGAAGUACGGCGACGACCUGGAGAGGUGCGUUCGUACUGAGCUCAAGGCCGACAAAUUCCGCACCGCGAUCCUGCUAGCACUCGAGGAGCGACGUAUGCCCGAAUCAACUCCUCUCGAUAUCCGCCUCGUCAAGAAUGACGUGCAAGAUCUCCACUACGCGCUGACUUCUCAGGGAGGUGAAAGUGACAUGAUCAAAAUCAUCGUGCUCCGCAGCGACACGCAUCUCCGAGAAGUCCUGCGAAUCUUCGAGGGCACCUACGGUAUCCAUUUUGCACGCGCCAUGAUCAGCAAAUCUCGCAACCUCGUUGGUGAGACACUCGCCCACAUCCUUAAUGGUGCGCUGAAUCGUCCCAUGCGUGAUGCAUUAUUACUACACCAGGCCAUCAGUGAGACUGCUCCCGGCAAGGAACGAACCGAGCUGCUCAUCUCACGGCUUGUUCGCCUACAUUGGGAGCCCAAACACCUCGAACGGGUGAAGCAUGUGUACCAAGAGAGAUAUCGCAUAAGCGUGCGGGAAGCAAUCAGAAGGGAGGUUUUGCCUGGUAUGAAGACCCCAGAGGGCAAGAUGUGUGCGGAUUUCUGUGUCGAGCUGGUGGAUUCCGCGUAA